AGCUUAUAGAUAGUCAGGUGGUCUAGUAUUUCUUGCUACUUUUCCCAGUGUUUUGUAUGGCCUAUGCCCUGGGGAAGGCAGCCAGGGGCUCCCAUACAUAGUAUAUUUAUUCCUCUAGGUGUCUGGCAUAUGGGUCUGAGGUCAGGUGCUGUGAUAUGUCCAGAGCUUAGAUACAAAAUAUAUCAAAGAGGAGAGCUGAAUGAUGUUUAUGUGUCCUGCAGAUUCUGCCUGGAGAUACAAAUCUUAUCCAUCAUAUGCCCAGUAGUAGGCAUCCUAAUCUAUACACAACAACUGCCAUUCCAAUCCAAUUCUAGAGAAGUUAAACUAAUAAUUCCUGGACUACAUGCUAUAAAGGAGUUGGAUUAGAUAAUCUUUAAAUGCCCUUCCGGAUCCUGUUUCUGUUCGCCUUUUGAAGAUCAGAAAGGUGGCCUAAGUGUCCAGACUCUGAACGAGAAGCCAUGGCCCUGCCUUUCCAAAAAGAACUGGAGAAAUACAAGAACAUUGAUGAAGACGAACUUCUUGGUAAACUCUCAGAAGAGGAACUAAAGCAGUUGGAAAAUGUUCUCGAUGACCUAGAUCCUGAGAGCGCACUCCUACCGGCAGGUUUCCGGCAGAAAGACCAGACGCAGAAAGCAGCCACAGGCCCCUUUGAUCGGGAGCACCUCCUUUCAUAUUUGGAAAAAGAAGCUCUGGAACACAAAGACAGGGAAGACUUUGUACCUUUCACUGGAGAAAAGAAAGGAAGGAUCUUUAUCCCCAAGGAAAAGCUAACAGAAACUCAUAAAGAAGAAAAAGUGACUCUUGACCCAGAACUGGAAGAAGCUUUAGCUAGUGCCUCUGAUACCGAACUCUAUGAUCUUGCAGCUGUUCUUGGAGUUCACAAUUUAGUCAAUAAUCCACGGUUUACUGAAGAAGUCACCAGUAAUGAUAGUGGCAAAAGCCCUCCGAGAAAUGUAGUCAAAGGUGAAAAGGUCAAACCAAUAUUUGAGGAACCACCCAAUCCCACAAAUGUGGAAGCAAGUUUGCAGCAGCUGAAAGCCAAUGAUCCCAGUCUUCAGGAAGUCAACCUCAACAACAUUAAGAAUAUUCCAAUUCCAACCCUGAAGGAGUUUGCAAAGGCUCUAGAGACCAACACUCAUGUGAAAAAGUUCAGCCUGGCUGCCACCCGCAGCAACGACCCUGUUGCAAUUGCUUUCGCAGAUAUGUUAAAAGUAAACAAGACAUUGAAAAGUCUAAAUAUUGAGUCCAACUUUAUCACUGGAACUGGGAUUCUGGCACUGGUGGACGCCCUGAAAGAAAACGAGACCCUGACGGAGGUCAAGAUAGACAACCAGAGACAGCAGUUGGGAACGGCUGUAGAAAUGGAAAUUGCUCAGAUGCUUGAGGAGAACUCAAUGAUUCUUAAGUUUGGAUACCAGUUUACAAAACAAGGGCCAAGAACCAGGGUAGCAGCUGCUAUCACAAAGAAUAAUGAUCUAGUUCGCAAGAAACGAGUAGAAGGUGACCGGCGAUAACCCAACCAUCGGGAGAAGUGUGGCUCUGCCUAAGGCAGCUAGCUGUUAAGAUCGAAACCUUAAACUCUUGCCCCAGCGAGACCAUUUUUGCAAAGGUCAUUCAUUUCCGUUAAUAGCUUACUCUUUAUUCACACCACUAAUAUGUUAACUUUAUUUUGUUUGUGUGUGUGUGUGUAACAUUAUUUCUCUCUGAUGAAUAAUGUGCACAUAUUUUUUAUUUUCAUCAUGUGUGAUUCUGGCAUGCACAGUGAACAGUGGAUUGAUAGACUUUAGUUGAGUGGCAGUCACCAAGAAUGACAUUAACUGCCUUCGUAUAGGAAUUUCUUGCCCAAUUUAUUCAGUGUAAUCAACUUGUUACUUCCCACAGAAGUUCAUUUUUAACCACAAAGGGGAUUUUAGUACAUAAGGUAUGUUUUUAGGUAUAGUUGUUUUCAUCAAGCCCUAGCUCUGUUUACAUACACUGCUUUGAGUUAGGCUAAUUGUUACAGAGACAUUCUGCUGACAUAACAAAAGAAAUGUGCCAGUAUUGCCAACCCUAUAUUGGGUGAGAGUAUGAAAGGAUUCCACAGGACUGGAAAAUUAUUGAAAGAGCAUGCCCUACCUAUGGUGGGCCAGUAGUAUCAUCAUCACAUAUGGAGGAGCAUCACUUUACCUUUAACAGCCUUAGGAAAACAACUACAAAGUAUUUACCAGCCCACAAAUAUGUUAUUUACCAGCCAAAAGAUCAACAAGUAGUGAAAUGAAUUAAAACUCCCAUCACUACUUGUCCAGCAUAAAUUAUUUCUUACUGUCAACCAAUGAUCAUGAUUUGAAAAGUUGUUUUAACACUUUUCAAAAUAGUUUUUAACAUUUUAACAAAAGGUAAAAGCUUUUUGGAGCUCUGCAUUCCUUUUAAAUUCACCAUACUACUGCUCACCAAGAUUUUCUUUGAACUGCACUUUUGAGAUGCACUGUUUGGACUAAUUAUAAACCUCUGUGGCUUUGUCUACAUAGUGCCAAAACAACAGAAUGAAAAGUGAAAAAAUCAGAUCAGUUCUGUUUUGUCUCCCCAGUACCAAAGAUCGAGCUAUUUGGGAACACACCACUUGUCAUCUAGAUGUUUCCCAUAGUGCAGACAUAGCCUAUGAGAAUACAAGUGACUUAACUGGAUAUUUAAUCUGCAUAAUGCUUUUAACCUAAUCAUUCAGUACUAAAUGAAAGAAAAGCACGCUACAGCGACAAGGGUAGGCACCCUUGGGCAUUGGUGCUACUGAGUGGCAUCUGAGGCAUUCUGCAGCUCCUCUCCAUGCAUAUUCUUUUUUUCCUCUUUUCUUUCCUUGUCUCCCAUUUCUUCUAUUUUUCCCUCUAACUUUCUUUUUCCUCCUCUUCCUUCCUUCCUGAUUUUUCCUUAUCCCCUGACUAAGCCUGGGCCUUGCCGGUAUUACCAGGUGACACACACAGAGACCAAAUUCAGAAUUUUAAUUCUGUGGCCAAUUAUCUCUGCCAUGUGGACACAAUUUUUCUCGGUAGCAUUAAGAUAAGUUAAUGAGAAAAUACAGAUAUGUUGUGUUACAGCUCUUAAUUUGUAGAAUACUGGAUCAACAUUUAGUACACAGUCUUUUUUUUUUAAUUAAGUACUUCUAAUCAUUAUGUCUUGUGUUAUCCUUAUCCUUUGUUACCUGGGUCUUCAAAACAGUUCAAAAUUAGAGUUAUGGUCAGCAUGUAUGCUGAAAUUUAUAGACAUUUUCAUCUGUUAAAUGAAGCAGUUGGAUUUAAGCUCUUUAAGGUUAAAAAAAAUUUUUUGAUAGUUUUAGCAUGAAAUGAAAUUGAGCUAUGUGCCCCAAAAUCAGUGGGAUUUUCAUAAUCACCCUGAUGUUCCCUUUCCAACUUUGCUGAACAUCACAAAGUCCCCAGGGCCAGUGAGUAGAGAAAACCCACCUCCAUUCUAGAAGUCACCAUUUCUUAUGUAGAAUCACUACUGGAAGCCAGCAGCCUCUACUUUUCACCAGCCAUCAACUAUCGCAACAUAGAGGCUAACUAAACAAAUGUCUAAGCCUACUGUCAUCUUUAAACUAAAAAUAAAGGCAGUGUUGCCUAAUGGGCUGGAGUUACUAGGCUUGGGGUAAGAAAGAUCUAAGUAUAAGUCCAGUCUCAAGAGACUUAGUAAUUGUAUGAACUUAGGCAAGUCCAGAUACCUCUCUGAGCCUCAAUAUCCUUAUCUGUAAAAGAAUGGUGUUUAAUACAAGCACAGGGUUGUAUGUGGCUCAAAUGAGACAAUGUGUGUAAAGCAUUUUGCAAACCUUAAAAGCAUCGUAUCCAUGUCAGUUAUUAUUAUUCAGUAUAUAUGCUGACACCCUUGUUCUACCCUCACGCAAAAAAAAAAAAAUUUUAAAAACAGGCUUCACCUCAGACCAACUUUCCAUCAGUCGAGAGUUGAGGAAAACACAAUUAUUCCCUAGCCAGAAGUGAAACAAGUUAUAAUCUGUGUACCCUGCAUGAAUGAGCUAAUGACAUUUUGCAUGAUGGUCUUAUAAAAAUUCAGAUAACCAGCCUGAAUUUACCAUGUUCUAGGCACUGUGGGAAAUAUACAGUAUCACCCUCAAGUAACCUGUAGUUUAGUCUUGAAAGGACCUUUGCAUUUCUUUGUGGGUCAUUCGGUUGUAGAGGUGGGGGAAAUGUUGCCAACACUUUGUAUCUACCAGAUUGAGGGCAGGGAUUGUGCCUUACCUGCACUCUGUAUUGCUCCCAUCACAGUGUAAUGGGUGCUUAAUAUAUCUUUUUUGGAUUUACUUUAGUAGAAAUUUAGAUAUAUACUUGAUACCCAGCAGGUGUUGCUAUGGAGGAUAGUUUAACAGAGGAGAAUUCUCCCCCUCUCUGGAUUGGAGAAAUAAAUAGAACUGAUUCUGCCUUAUCACACCUGUCUCCACCCAUUGGCGCUGGCUCAAGUUGUGACCUUCACUUGAGGUCCUUAGCUCUAGUCCCUCCUCCUUCUCUCCUGGGUGUGAGGGAACAGAAGGCGGGGAGAAGUGUUGCGAUAGAAAAAGCCCAAAGAACCUUUGUUCAAAACAACCUCUCAAUUAGUUCGUGAGGGUUUUAACCUACUAUAAGGGUCCCAGUACCACGUGGCUUUUUUUCUCUGCAAAGUUUAAAAGGUUAAAAAUACAGAUUAUUCAUAAAAUUCAUAAAGUCCCCACAAAAUAUUUCAGUUACCAGACUGCAGGUGGGAUGUUUAAGUUAGUUGAAUUCUGUCUAGUCAAUUAUUCUCAGACUUCCCCUCCCCUCCUUAUCAAAUUCUAUAGCAAGAAUAUCAACUCAGGACAUAAUGAAAUGAUCUGUAUCCAGGAAACCAUCAUUAAAAAUACAAAUAACCAGUAAGCAAAAAAGUUGAAUGUGGCCAAGAAACACUUAGUAAUCACUAUGCCAGCCAUUACACAAAAGAGUAAAACGGAAGAGAAUAAUCAAAAUUCUGUAGAAUUUCUGAAGUCUGAUUGCACAUCCAAAGCUUAUAGUUUCCUCUCCUUCUAUAAUUACAUAGGUCCUGGAAAAGGGAAGGUCAAAAUAACUGUUUUUCCACCAUAAAGCAACCAUUAUUAUCCCUUAAUUCCCCAUAUUCCUUCCUACCUCAAAUAUUCCAAUUACUUCCUCCUAAAAAAACAAAAACAAAAAUAAAAACAACUAAGGUCAUAAGAGAUGCCAGAACUGGAAAAAUAAUGGUGUGGCAUUAGCAAGGGAAGCUUAGCAAAACUUGAUAAGGAAUAGGGGAAUCAUAUUCUUAGCAGGAGUUAGGCCUCCUCUGAGUGAAUGGCAAGUCUAUAAAGGCAUGUUUUGAAUCCAUUUGGAGGAGAAAAAAGGUGUUAGCCAACAACCCCACCCCCACCCCCCAUUCCUCUCCUUCAGCCAUGGAUCUAUUUAUUUUCUGGUUUGAAUAUUUAGAAAACUGAUUGGGGAUUUUUGAGGGAAGGCUAAUUGCCUAAUGGCAAAACUAAUAGCAGCUCAGUUUCACUCCCCGCUGAGCUAUUUCCUGCCUGCUGUACAAACAGCUAUUAUUGCACCAUCAGUUGAAAAAGGGACUAACAACAGUAAACUUUAGAUUUGCAGCCUGAUCCCAAGCACAGAUCUUUCCAGGAAACCUCUCAUUCAAAGACAUGCAAAAGGCUCCUCUUUCCCUCUUUCACUCAUUGGCACUGGAAAAAAGGGAAAACACCUGAAACUUCCCACCGUCAUUUUCAUUUUGAGCCUAAAGACUGCUUAUCAAGUGGGGUUGACCCUUCAUCCAGGGGUGGAUGACCUGGAUAGUGAGACUAAAGGAGACCUUGGCAUGGUUUAUUUAAAGGAACUAGGGAUAUUUCACCUGGAAAAGAGAAGACAUGAAUGAUUGAGGGAAGAGGGCCUACCUAGCAAGGUUGCUGGGUUCAGAUAUCUGAAAGAUUGUCAUGUGGAAGAGGUAGACUCUUGGCUCCUGAUCACAGAUUUUGCUGUGGGUGGGAAUUUACAAGGGAAGCUGAUUUUGAUUCAAACAUAAGGAAACACUUUCAAACAAUUAAAGUUGUCCCAAAAUGGAAUUGGCUGCCACAGUGAAUUCCCGCAUCGUGAUAGGUCUCAAAAUGGGAACUGAAUGUUCAGUCCUUGGGGGUGUAGAUAGGAUUUAUGAUGUGAAUAAGGAAUGAACUAGAUAAUCUUCCAACUCUUUCAAUCUGAUCUCUUAUUCCACAACCUGCUGGGCCUCUUCCUCAUCCCCACAGUUGUCAAUCUUUAAUGGUAAAUAAGGUAAGGAUUGGCAGACUAGGAUAAGUUCAUCUGAGGUCAAGGUUUGGUUUGGGAAAUCGAAAUUGGUAAACUUACUCAUUUUACAUUAAGCCCACAAGUAGAACCCAUUAUUUUUCAAAGGCAGGAAGUCUUUUAAGACAUAUACACAGUGAUAUGUUGUAUUUAUUUCUUUUUUAAAAAUCACUUGUGUCACUUUGAAUAGGGUUGUGGGAGAAAACCCACACAGAGAGGGCCUACAUGUGACUGUGCAUCUGGUCCUCCUGUCAGCCCUGUCUAUUUCUCCCAAGUAUGAUUGGUUUCUAGGAAUGAAUGGGGUAAGAAGAUAGUCUCUUCUUCCUUUUCUUCCUUUUUUCUAUCCUUGACCUGGUUUUGUUUCCCAUAUGGUAUUAAAAGUCAAUCUGCCUAGAAUAAGCCCUAUUCUGAUACAUGAAGGAAGAAGACAGCUGUAAUAGGAAUUUGGGUCCUGGGCCAAGGGUUGGGGAGAGGAACAGAAAGGGGAUGAGGGGAAGAGAGAAUCGAAAAACAGAACGUAGUUUGUAAUGUGGCCCUGUUAUCCUCCUUUUGUUAUCGAGCUCCAGGAGAGCUCUCCUUACCCAGCAGCCUCAUUACAGGUGCUAGCUCUGGUGCUAAAAGGGAAAAACUUGCCCAUCUUAUGUCUGAUUAGGUUUUGCCCUAUCAUAGCAGCCACCUCAUUAUCACCAGCAGUCAAGCUUUGGUCCUGAUAGUGUUCUGCCACCACCAAGACCGCCAGCCCUAUAUGAAGAUCUCUAUUCCAUCACCAUUCUAUGGAAGAAAUGGGAAAGUAAGUGGUUAUUUAUGAGUCAGAAAAGAAAGGUACUUUUGAAUUGGGGUUCAGAUCAUCAGUGCAGUCAGUAAUAAAAGGAUGAAGCUUUCAUGCUGGCUAGUAACAGCGUAUAUAAUUAGCUAUUUAUUCACACUAAUGGAAGAGAAGCAGUGGCAUAGAUAACCUAAAAUAUAAACAAAUACAAACAUUACCUUUUCUUUCCAUACUUAUAAAAUGAAGAUAAUAAUGCUUACACUACCUAGCUUACAUGGUGAUUUUGAAAAUGUCUAAUUUCUAAUUGCCCUAUUUAUUCACACAAUUCCCUUUAUCCCUUUUAAGUAGAUAUUUUAGCACUAAAUGAGAUAAUAAAUGUGAAAUGCUUUAAAAAUAAUGCUAUACAAAUGCAAGGCAGUAUGAUAUUUAGUGUUAAGAUGCAUUAUAUUUUUGUAACAAAUCUACCUUCCUCACUGUCAUAUUUAUUUGCUUAGGUUCCCUUAUUGCUUUCCUAGCAGAAAUGUUUGUUACUAUAUAGAGAGGGUUAACAAUUAAGGCAGCAUAAGUUCUAAUCCUAGUCUUGCCACUUACUAGCCCUUUGCCUGGGUCUCGGUUUCUCUCACUUGUCAAAUGAAUUAAAAUAGAAUUAAAAUUUUUCUAGCUCUUAUUUGAUUAUUUUCACUUACUUGCUCUGCUUCUUUGGAUAGAAGAGAACCCAGGAGAACCUGAUACAGUAUCAUUUCCCUCCUAAUAGAGCCUCUGAAAGUUUGAUAAGAGGACAAAAUAUAAAAAGCAGUCAAGAGACAUUCUUUCAGUAAAAAGGAUCUUUUAACCCUCUCCUGUGGCUUUUACCAAAUCUUGAAGGGAUUUCUAACAAGCACACUGCCAAGGAGGAAAUCAUGUGGAUGGAAAAAAUAAUAUUUUUUCCUUCAAGUUAGGAGAUAGUAUGGCAGCAUGAAAAGAUUUGAAAAUAUAUAAGAGUAAAAAUCUUCCAUUACAAUUAAACAUAGCAUGUAAUCUCUUUUUCAUAUCAAUUAUUUUACAAGUCCUGAGCACACGUUAGCUAGUUAGGGUUUGAGAUGAUGGGAAAGGAAUAAGGAAGAGGCCUACAUAAACUAUACGGUGAAAAUGGAAUGUGUGUGAAUCAUACUUAUAAGGAAUCUUUGUUUUAGAACCAAAUAUUGCUAGUGACAAUCUUUAAUUUUAAAAUAUAUAUGUAUUCUAAUUUCAAACUAUUAUUUCCUUCAGCACAAGUUUCUUUAAAAUCUGUAAUAUUCCUGAAAUUAUUUUUAAUUGAGCCUUUGGUUAUAUUUCAAUCGCUUCAUCAGAUCAAGAGAAACAAACAUAAAGCAUCUUAACCCACCAAUAUAUGCAUGCUGCUCUGUAAUAGUAUAAUCCAUUUGGAUGCUUUGUGAUAUAUGGCAAUGUGAACCUGUAUUAUUUUUUUGACCAGAACAAAGGAAAUGGUACUGUGAUGAACUGUCUGAAGUUACAUAAGCAGCAGUGUAUGAUUGUGUUAUUAUUGGGCUAGCUUGCUCUUGGAAAAUCCAUGGAGUCUCACUUUCCUUUUCAUUUAUAAAAUUGACCCACCUUACAUAAACAACUAAUUUUAGUCAUUAAUGAGUUAAAGGCCAUUUUGCCAUUAGUUGUGGAGAUAGUGAAGUUGGACAAAGGUUAGAGAGCAAAUGUAUGAUGUAAAAAGUAUAAAAUAAAUCAUUGGCUUGAUCUGUGGAGGGUUUAUGAAAAGACGAUGAAGAAGAACCACACAAGAGGUAUGGAGAAGGUGCCCAUACUAGUAAAAUAACAGAUCCAUAAAGCAAAUUAUCCUGAAAAGAUUCUAAUUGAUUAAAACAGGUAAACAAUUUUAUGACCCCUUAAGACAUUAACCAGGCCCAAUACUCAACAGAAUAUGAAAUACUUAGUCAAAAUUUCUCUGCCAUCAAAGGUUUAAUAUUGUAUUUAUUUGUUCCAAAUAAAAACUUAGAGAAAAUUUGGGGUUAUUAACAUGUCCUUUAAAAAUGAAACAAAGGUCCAAGUGUGUCUAGAUAAUCUUUGUAUGUAUCAUUUCAUGUUAUUUCUUCUUUUUUCCCAAAUAAAAUGCCCAUGUGAAAGUAAA